AUGAUAAUGGUACCCGCGAACACUGGCCGCGCCGACACUCUGCCAGUCACUGUUCGUAGCCUUUCUCAUGGAUUAGUUUGUGAUGAGGUGACUCAAGCCAUCGACACAUUUCUUUCUAGAAACGGGUACAUCACUUACUCCCAUUCGUCCUCUCCAAGUGAGAGCAAAUUGGGGCAGGCGCAUAGGAAAUGGUGGUUACAAUUGUGCAGGUAUGACUCCAGGGCUGGGGGCGCGAGUGUGCUGGAGAAGGGCUGUAGAAGUCACCGGGGCGCUACUGUGGACCUGGAACGCUGCCAGGCCCCCACAGUUCCCUAG